CACUCUCCCUUUUUGUACCUCUUGACGAGAGAGUGAAAUGACUUGGUCCGUCUUCAGAUCCAUAAACUCCCCAACUCUCGACCUCUCCGCCGCACUUCGCUCCACUCGCUCCUCCCCUUUGUUCGCCGCCGGUGCUGGCUGCGCAACCAUCGCUGGUGUCUCUCUCUUCCGAAUGUCUUCUUCGAGAUCUCCUCCUUUCGCUUCUCUCAGUGUCUCAGCCUCUGCUUCUGGUAAGAAGGAAGUUGUGGCUACAGAGAAAGCACCAGCUGCUUUAGGACCAUACUCUCAGGCCAUUAAAGCCAACAAUCUCGUUUUUGUUUCCGGUGUUCUUGGACUCAUACCUGAGACUGGAAAGUUUGUCUCGGACGACGUUGAAGAUCAGACUGAGCAGGUACUCAAGAACAUGGGGGAGAUAUUGAAAGCUAGCGGUGUUGAUUACUCCUCCGUGGUGAAGACAACCAUCAUGCUUGCUGACUUAGGUGACUUCAAGAAAGUGAAUGAGAUUUACGCCAAAUACUUCCCAGCUCCUUCGCCAGCAAGGUCAACAUAUCAAGUCGCAGCUUUGCCACUAAACGCCAGGAUCGAGAUCGAAUGUAUUGCAGCACUCUAGAACUCCCAUCAAUAUCUCCAGGAAGAGUUUUAGAUUCGGAGAAUGUCAGAACAAAUAAGAGGAAACCAUUAGGUUGGUUGCAAAACAUAAAUCCACUGCUACUUUAAUUAUGAAUAAGUGAUUUUUAAGUGUUUUAUUUUAGGAUCUUCGUGUGCUGUUGACUUAAAUAAUUAUUGAGUACAAGAUUUGUCAGUAAUUGAUUAUCAUUUGACUUUGGUUCCAUCUUAAGUUGGAAUUCGAUGUCUUAGUUUCAACUUCUCGUAGUUUUUUUUAUUUUCAUUAUAUUUGAAAGUGUCCCAUGAUCAAAAAGCAAACAAGAAGAAAGAGAUGAAACAUGGAAACAUUGUAAACUGUCGAGAAGCCUUUAAAUAAAAUUAUUUGAUUCUCCAAUAAGAGAAAUCAUUCAGAUUUUGUAGAAUCAGAUUCUAGUUGUUGUCGCCAUUGUUUUGUUUACUUUCUAGCGUUCUUUGCUUGAACAAAAGUAACACUUAAAAUACAGUAUAAAGGUUUGAC